AUGCAACCUUCCAAGGUGAUUCCUUACUACUUCCGGGCUGAGGGUGUCUUUGAUAAAGAGGAAGUGACAAUCACCACUUUAAUCACCGAGAACAGAUUUGGUGUUUUCACGAAACUAGUGCGCAACUAUCGUGGCCCCAUCUCUGUCAGUAUCUGGAUUCGGGAUGAUGAGACAAAGGAUCAACAUUUCCAGGCAUUGCACGACCUCUAUGAGUCUGAACCAUUGUUGAAACAAUACGUUGAUGUACACGUGGUAGUAGAUCGAUUCGAUUUCCAGCUCAACAUGUGGCGCAAUGUGGCUCGUCUGUUUGCUCGAACAGAUUACUUUUUGUUGCUAGACGUUGAUUUCCACAUCUGUACAGAUCUGCGUAAACAUCUUCAGGAGUCCGCUCAAGCAAUGCAAUUGUUGCGUGAAGGCUCAGCUUUGAUUUUGCCAGCAUUCGAGUACACUCAUGAAGAAGAUGGUGUGGAUUCUGCCACAUUCCCAAAGGAGAAAGGGCCUGUUGAAAAGUUAGUGUUGGAUAAAAAACUGAUGGCAUUCCAUUCUGCCAAGUUUGAACCAGGUCAUGGAGCUACCGAUUAUCAGAAAUGGUACAGGACUACAAAUGAAAUUUACAAGGUUACAAAGUUCAAUCACAAAUAUGAGCCAUAUGUGAUCUUGAAGAAAGAAGGUACACCUUGGUGUGAUGAGCGAUUUGUCGGCUAUGGUGCUAACAAGGCGGCAUGCUUGUAUGAGAUCUACAUCUCUGGUAUUGAUUAUUAUGUCCUGCCGCAGGAUUUCUUGAUCCAUCAAUCUCAUGCCUAUCCCGAAUCAAAGCGUUCAGGCGGUCGCAAACUCAACGCUGAGCUAUAUGCUGCGUUCAGAGACGAAUUGUGCUUCCGGUAUGCCAAAUCCAUGUACUUGGCUAACGAGUUAUCGACGAAGAAAGCCAACAAUAUGCGUUCUCAAUGUUCCGCUCUCAAGGGAUUCAAAGCCGCACUCGACUCCUUCCCUCAGAUGUGGCCCACUAAACCUCCAGUUGCCUCAUUGCCAGGAUCAAAGUAA